AUGAUUCCAGAAUGUCCAAUAUAUCAUCCAUCAGAACAAGAAUUUGAGCAUCCUUUAAUUUAUCUACAGAAAAUUGUUCAUGAAGCUUCUAAAUAUGGUAUAUGCAAAAUUGUUUCUCCAAUUGCUGCAUCUAUUUCUGCUUCUGAUGUAUUAAUGGAAGAGAAAAAGGACUUUAAGUUUGAAACAAUUGUGCAGCCUCUUCGCCUUUCGAAAUGGAAUGAGAAGGAUAUGAUAACAUUCUCUAAGAGAGGAAGAAAAUAUACAUAUCAUGAAUUUGAGGUUAUGGCAAACAAGGCCUUUUCCAAUAGAUUUUGCAGUUCUGAAGCUAUUUCUUCUUCUGAUGUUGAAAAAGCAUUCUGGCAUGAAAUGAUGCAUGGAGAGAAAAGAACAGUUGAAUAUGGAGUUAACAUUGAGGGAAGUGCAUUUUCAUGUGAUCCUAAUGAUAGGCUUGGAACAAGCAAAUGCAAUUUGAAGAAUUUCGCGCGGCUGCUGCAGUCUUCGUUGCGUUUAGUUGACAGGGGAAUUCCGGGAAUAACUGAUCCUAUGCUUUACAUUGCGAUGCUUUUUAGUAUGUUUGCAUGGCAUGUAGAAGAUCACUAUUUGUACAGCAUAAAUUACCAUCACUCAGGUGCACAUAAAACUUGGUAUGGUGUACCUAGUUAUGCAGCCUCUGAAUUUGAAAAGACUGUAUUGAAUCAUGUGUAUUGCAAUAAAGUUUUUAUAGAACAUGGAGAGAAUGGUGCAUUCCAAUUUCUUGCACAAAAAACAACCAUGUUCCCUCCUAAUGUCUUGUUACAGCAUGAUGUGCCAGUUUACAAAGCUGUGCAGAAACCAGGAGAGUUUGUCAUCACCUUUCCUAAAUCAUAUCAUGCUGGAUUUAGUCAUGGUUUCAAUUGUGGAGAAGCUGUAAACUUUGCUAUUGGUGAUUGGUUUCCACUUGGUGCUGCAGCUAGCAAACGUUAUGCACAUCUCAAAAUGCUACCUAUAAUUCCAUAUGAGGAACUUCUUUGUAAAGAGGCAAUGCUUCUCUACAAGUCCUCAAAACUCAGAAUUUCCAAGAACAAAUUUGAAGAAAAUGCAUCUUAUCGUGCUAUUGUACCGUCUUUCUUGCAUCUCAUGCAAUUUUAUAAGACAUCGUUAUCGCGGUUGAACGGUUCGAGAAAGAUGUCAAGCUCUUCAAAUACAUUAUUAGGUUCUUUGAUAUGUAGCUUCUGCCAUAGGGAUUGUUAUGUAGCUUACUUGUUGUGCAAGAAAUGCUAUUCCUAUCCAAUUUGCCUUUUCCAUGACAUUACACCACAAACUUGCUUAUGUGGUAGAAAAUAUACUGUUUUUAAGAGGAAUGACAUGUUGGAAAUGGAAGAUGCUGCCAAAAGUUUUCAACAGGAAAAAGAAUGUAUCGACAAUAAUCAUUGGCAUGAAGAAAAAAGUGCUAGAAGAACAGUUAACUCUAUAGGUGCGGCAUCUAAACUUAAAAGAAGAGUCACAGACAACAUGAAGCGCAAUGUUGAAAAGAAUAAGAAGAAAUCAAAGAAUCAUUGUUGAAACAAUGCGCCUUCGUCAACAAAAGAGUACAAAAAGACCGUGAAUCCUUUAU